AUACGAUGGCAUGAAUCGCACAUGAUUGCAUAUAGUACCAGAAAAAAUCAAACGUUGUUGGAAACUUUUCCUGCAAGUCAUGACCAAAACGUGAAUACAGAAGUUAAUCAUUCGUGGGAAGAAAUUCGUCCACUUUGUUGUUACUAAUACUAAAAAUGAACCUUUUUUGCGCUAUUGCCUUACCUGAUUUGUAUGUUGAAUCUUAAUAGAUGCAUAGAAGUAAUUUUAAGUAUUCACUGACCGCUAUCUGCUAUAUCCUUCUACCAACACUGGGAGACUGAAACUUUUUCCAAAUUCAGUUUUCUUUGCAGUCUAGACCAUGUCCAGGUUAUUUGAUUCUAUAAAAGCUGCAUAUCUUUCUCCAACCUGAGAUCACCACCGGCACGAUGCUACUAUAUCAAUUUUCCACUUGGACUUCCUUAGAAAUGUAGGAGAUUGUGAAAUUGUGGUUUUACACGCUUCGCUAACUGCCGCAAUUGAGAAAUUUCCUCGGAAAUAUAUUGUAUAAAAGAUUCAGUGAGUUGAUGCCGAUCACUGCAUUUCUUCUUACGUUUAUUACAAUGAAGCAUCUAAGGAACAUAGUUUUUGUUUUCUUCUUCAGUAUUGUGCAAUCCAGUGAAAAAGAAGGAUUACUUGAAAGUGAUUUGGAGAUAAACAAUGCUCACUAUGGAAUAGGAUUGCAUCCUGGCCUGCCUGAUGUUCCAUUAAAUCUCUCUGAUGCUUCAUAUUUUCAUUCAGAAUUGCAUUUCAAUUCUUCAGAUGAAGUGUUAGAUGCAGAAAAAGAUGAUGUUCGACAUAAACGUGAGCAACCUGAAAGCGAAUAUGACUAUUCCAAAGCAUAUGAACAAUUUAUUGCUGAAAACUUUCGUUUUUCGGAAAACAAAGACGAGAGUUCCGAGCCGGUUGGUGAAAAGUUGUGUAAGACCCUUUUCAAAGCCGGGAAGCGAUGUACAGUAUGCAAGAAUACGAAAACGAAUGCCCAAGCGGAAAACUGUGUGUAUUCAUCUGCUCCCGAACUGAGAAAGUAUGCUUUCAAGCAAGAACGGAGCUACGGCAAUGGCAGCAACGAACAGGACACAUAUUCCAGCAGUGAAGAAAAGCCUGCACUGCCCACAUCAUAUGUGAACCAUUCAAGUCAACACGCCCAUUACAGAACGACUGCGGUACCACCACUUAAUGAAGAACUAUCUCAUGAGCAACUCACCCAAAGCACAUUGGAUCCACAUUUGAGCAGAAGUGCUACUGGGGACACCGAUGAUGACAAGAACAAUUGGUCAAAAUGCAAGAGGAGAUACAAAGACGGCACUACAUGUUAUUAUUGCAAGGAUAAAAACGGCUUAAGAAACGAAGAAUGUGUAUACCGUGGCGCAGAAACGAAACAUAACAUCGAAGUACCUCGUCGAGAUCCCAAACGACCGCGACAAUCUUCACCAAGUGUUUCUUUAGACGCCGAGUUCAAUCCAAUGGAAAAAGAAGUGUUCAAAAGAACUGUUUCCAUGCGUAUUCAACGAGCAGCCGACGAAGUGUGGAAAAAACCAAGGACUUUCCUGUAUGCAAAAAGAAUUACUCAUGCAACAAAAUAGACAUGAUUUAUUGAUACCACAAUAUUUGCUUCAAGUAUAAAAUAUAUAUAUAUUUUGUAUAAUUGAUGAACUGAAUGUAUCUUUCUUCAUUAUUAUUAUAAAAUAGAUUGGGCUU